AUGAAGCGCAUGUCGUCGUACGAAACGGGGCCGGAGUCCUCCGAGCUAAGCUCGUUCAGCUUGAAGGAGAAGUCGUCAUCCAAGGGGAAGAAAGGCGACCAGCAGGCCAACGAAAAAAAUAUGAAAAAGAAUAGUAGCGUAGAAUACAGUGACGAUCAAGAAACGAAAAAAAAAAAUGAACACAAGAAGAAGACCGAUCAGAAGGAUAAAAAAAACCUGAUGAGUAAUACGCAAAAUAAAAAUACAAAAAGUGGAAAACAGAGUAACAGUCAGAAGAACCCACUAGAUAUGUAUAAAAACAAAUUAAAGUUCAUAACUGAUAACAUAAUCCUUAUUGGGAUUAUCUUAUCCUUUAUGACACUGAUAACGUUUAAAUAUUUGGAGGAAAAGUAUUCUAUGGAGACCUACUUGGAGGAAGGUGACUCUUUUGAUUAUUACGAGGUCUUAAAAUGUAAAAGAGGAGAUAACAUAAAUAAGAUAAAGAAAAAUUAUCGAGAUUUAUCAAAAAUGUAUCAUCCAGAUAGUAACAAAGAUUGCAAAGAUUGUGAUAAAAAAUUCAGAGACAUUACCAAGGCAUAUAAAACAUUGUCAGAUCCGAGAUUGAAAAAGGCGUAUGAUCAUUCGAAAGGGAAAGUCUUAAAAUUGAUUGAGUCGAAUAGCAUCAAUUUGACGAUGAGAAAUUUUAACGACUUAGUGGAGAACUCGAAUAAUUAUUGGAUUAUUCAGAUUUAUUCAGAUACGGAUAAUCUAAGUUUGAAUUUCUCCAAAAUUUGGGAAGAAGCAUUCGACAAAUAUCAUGAGUAUAUCUCCUUUGGACGGAUAAAUAUCCUAACGGAUAAAAAGUUAGUUAAAAGUAAAGUACCUUUUAAUGUAAAAAUUUAUCCCACUAUUUUUAUUCUCGCUCCAGAUGGGACCUACCAAUUAUAUUCAAAUAUUUUUAAUUCCACAUCGAAAGAUUUCCAAUCAUACAUUAUUAGCAAUUAUCCGAAUUUUAUACAUAAUGUGAACGAUUUUAAUAAGGCUUAUUAUUCCUUGACUAAAAGGAAUGACCCUAUUAGUAAAAAUGGAUCCUCUCAUAUUGACAAGAACAACAAAGUACUUCUCCUGUCUAACAAAAAUAAGUUAAGUCUCCAGGUGAAGCAUAUCACUUGGAAGUUUAGAAAUAUAUACACUACUUAUGCUAUCCGAUAUAACGAAAUUGAGCAGUUAACAAAUGAGACACUAAAAAAAGAAAUCAUAGAUGCCCUUAAAGUGCUAAGUGUUAAAAAGAGUGACUACAUCAAAGAAAACGAAAAUAUUGAUUACUUCCUUUUGGUUAAUAAUAAAGCACAAGUAAAGAUCAUCAGGCGAAUUUCCUCUACGAAUAUUAAAAAUGUAUAUAAAGAUGCCUUGAAGAAGAACUUGGUAGAAAUUAACUCUACCAAUGUUGAUUCUGUUUGCUCUACUGUCGGGUCGAGACAUACCUACUGUUACGUUACUAUCAUAGAUAAGCUCAGUAAGGAAGAUACACUAACCUCUUUGAAAAAAAUUUAUCAACAUGUGAAUAACUCCUAUGCUAGUUUUACUUCCAAGUUGGGGUCGGACGAGGUAGACAGCCAUAUGUUCAUUCAACCGGUGUACUUACUAAGAUCCAACAUGACAAAAAAUUUCCUCAAAUUUGUUAAGGAUAAAUCUGUGAGUACAUAUGACUCCUUUUUUUUGGACUACUCUGCGAAUAGCUUUGCCACAGUGAACGAAAUAAAAAAUUUAAGUAACUACUCACAGAAGAAGGAAGACCUUUCUUUUCUGUCCAACAUUUACAAAGACAUCGAAAUUUUGACGUUUGAGAAAAUUCCAAAAUACUGCCUUCCCAUGGGGGUUAACUGUCUGUAUAACCCUAAGAAGACCUUUUCCUAUAGACUGUAUAAUAUUUUCAAGAGGACUUCCAAACUGCAAGUCAUCCUUUCUGCCAUCGUGGGAUUCGUGCUCUACCCCUCCUUUAAGCAGUACGGCAAGUUGAG